UUGAUCAAAAAAUUUCAGUAAUAAUUAAUAUUCAUUUUUUUCUAAUGUUUUCAUUAAAUCUUAUCAAUUUUUGUUUUUUAUUAUUUUCUAUAUUUUUGUAUACAACAGCACAUUCGGAUCAUAGAAAAAAAGUAGAUACGUUACUAAUGUAUUCAGGAUGGAAAAAUUUAAACGAUGUAAACUCUAUCAAAUUCUCCACUCAUACAUAUUAUCAUCAAACUUUAAUUGAAAAACCUAAAAGUUCCCAUCAAUAUGAUAAAAAAGUACGAAGUUUGACUUUAUAUCUUGGAUGCACAUACGUAAAAGUUAUAUGUAAUAUUUUUUUUUCAGUUAUUAGAAACGUCUAUAAAAGUUGUUGGAAAAAAUUAAAUGAAAAUGACUUUAUAAAUGGAUAUAUUUGCACAGAAGGACUCAUAAACAUAAUAUCCAUGUUAAUUGUUCCAAUGGCAACAUUAAUGAAAGGAGCCAUUGAUGCUUUGGAUUCAUUACAUAGUAAACCAUUGAAUUUUCUUUUUCGGAACUACUUCAUGAUAAGUUUUAUAUUAAAAAAAAUCGAAAAUAUUCAUGACGAAUUAAACAUACAAACAAUUUCGCGUGAUGAUAUAACGACAUACUAUUGGACAUUAAAUACUGUACACUCAUUUUCUAAAAGUAUAAUAGAUGACAUAAAAAGUAGUGUUAUUUCCCAUUGUGAAUUUGUACCCUAUAAUAUGCAUUAUUUAUGGAAAGGAUGGCAUGAAGAAUAUAAAAUCAUUAUUAACCAAGACGUAAAAAUGAUCUCUUUUAAUUUUUUAAGAAGAAAAAUUAAAAAUUACAUCGAAACAGUAAUUAAAGACAAGUAUUUUCAACUAGGAUUUAAAUUUGAUCCAAUUACCGAAGAAACUUAUAUAGAAAGAUUAGAUAACCAAAUUGAAUUAGAUUUGGAAUUUAAAGCAUCAGAUGGAGAACUUCCAAUGUCAAUACAAAUAUAAUUUAAUUAAACAUGUAAUGAAAUCAAUUUUAUUCUAUAUAAAUGUUUUAUAAUU